UUUGUCCAGUUUGAUCAACAAUGAAGCAGGCGAUACUUUUUGUCAUUGUAGCUCUAUGCUUUUGUAUUCAAGACGUGGCCCUCGCACCACGUCAGAUAAGUGUUAGUGCACAAGAUUUGGCUUCAGAUGACACGCUCGCAAAAUUUGUGGAGGCUUUAAAAAAACUUAUUAAUGAUGGAGACGCCAGUGGUAUCUUUAAUAUUGAACUAAAUCCAUUGCUAGACGAACUGUUAGUGAACGUUAAAGAUGCCCUAAUCAGAAAUGGAAUGGAUCCUAUGGAUUUGGAUGAUGAAACGUUGCAACUUCUAGGAAUUGUGGGAAGUAUUAAAUUGACUAAUGGUAUGCUCCAAGACACAUCAACCGUUGCUAGAGAAGGAGAUGUUGUUGUAUCUUAUAACUCCAAUACCAAAAGGUUGACGUUUAAUUUACCAUUGACAUUUAAAGUCCUUUUGUUUACUUAUAAGUAUACCACCAGAGUUACACUAUUAACAAUCAGCGGAGAUGUCCAAGGAAAAAUCGAUGAUGUAUCGAUGAACUUGGUUGUCGCGUUUGACGCUAAUACAAAAACUUUCGUAUUAGAUGAUUUAAGUUUAAAAAAUUCUGGUAAAAUUACUGUUAAAUUCACCGGUAAUGGAUUAGUGGAUUGGUUGACGAAUGCCAUGACGGCUGUCAUUACUACUGUACUCCAUCCUCUUAUAGUGGCAAUACUGGAGUCGAAUUUUAUGGUUUUUGGAGAAGAAGUUGUUCGUGCCUUUAAUGAAUAUUUGCAUGCUAAUUUGUAACUUUGAAUAAAAAUAGUUUUGUA